AUGGCCAAAUAUCUUCUAGUAUGCUGCUCACUUUUGUUCUUCAUCUUGAUACAUUGGGCGUUACCUGUUGAACCUUACUUCAGGAAUGCCAUCUGUGGCAUUCUUCAGAAUCCACUCACAGGAACAUGGCAGGUGAAAUGUCCAUAUAAGAAAGUAAACUUGAGUUGGCUCACUGGAAACGUGAACCCCUGCCCUGGUUUACAUCAACCCAUCUGUGGCACUAAUUUUGUAACCUUUGAAAACCCCUGCAUCUUGUGUAUUGAGAGCCUGAAAUCUCAUGGGAAAAUUAGGUUUCAAAAUGAUGGAGAAUGCUAG